GAUCAAGAAAAUACUUAAAAAUAAUCCCGACAGAGAGAGAGAGAGAGAACAAAAGAAAAAAAAACACAGAAAACUCCAGCUUUCUUUGGUUAAUACCCAUUAAAAAAGCUCCAAUUUUUGGAUUGCCCAGAAGGCCAAAUUGGUUAAAUUUCAUUUAUUGCUUCAGCUCCAAGUACUUGGUGCUCAUUAUCGUGUAUGUAUUUGCUGUUUGCGGAGUUUAAUAAUGUGUGCGUUCGUUGGGAUUGAUAUGCUCAUGGGCAGGAGAAGCGGCAGAAGAUCCAAAAAUUAGGUUAAUGUCAUUGCAUCAUCGUGUAACAUGUGUUUGCUUUAUAAGCACAAGUUUGACUUGAGCGACGGAGAUUCCUCUAUGUUUGAGGAUUCGAUGAUUCGGUGAGAUUCGGUAAAUGCGCUUUCUGGGGGCAUCAGUCUAGAAAAUCAGGAAUUUAGAGAGAGAGAGAGAGGUUUUGGGGCUUCGAGAUUGGUGAAGAUGGAAUCAAAAAUGGAUCAGUAUGAGCUCAUGGAGCAGAUUGGCCGCGGAGCUUUUGGUGCUGCCAUUUUAGUCAAUCACAAAUUGGAAAGGAAAAAGUAUGUGCUCAAGAAGAUUCGGUUAGCUCGGCAAACGGAGCGUUGCCGGAGAUCAGCUCAUCAAGAGAUGGCUUUAAUUGCACGGAUACAACAUCCAUACAUUGUUGAGUUCAAGGAAGCUUGGGUAGAGAAGGGUUGUUAUGUCUGCAUUGUUACUGGCUACUGUGAGGGUGGUGACAUGGCUGAGAUGAUGAAAAAAGCUAAUGGCCAGUAUUUCCCGGAGGAGAAACUGUUGAAGUGGUUUGCUCAACUAUUAUUGGCUGUUGAGUAUCUGCACUCCAACUAUGUUCUGCAUCGUGAUCUCAAAUGCUCAAACAUCUUUCUUACCAAAGAUCAAGGUGUUCGUUUAGGUGAUUUUGGGCUUGCUAAAACUUUGAAGGCAGAUGACUUGGCUUCUUCAGUAGUUGGAACUCCCAAUUACAUGUGUCCUGAACUUCUGGCUGACAUUCCGUAUGGAUUUAAGUCUGACAUUUGGUCUCUUGGUUGCUGUAUGUAUGAAAUGGCUGCUCAUCGCCCCGCUUUCAAGGCUUUUGAUAUGGCUGGACUAAUAAGCAAGAUUAAUCGAUCAUCGAUUGGCCCAUUGCCUCCUUGCUACUCCCCAUCCUUGAAAACGCUAAUCAAGAGCAUGCUAAGAAAAAACCCGGAACAUCGGUCAAGUGCAUCAGAACUACUGAGGCACCCAUAUCUGCAGCCUUACGUAGAUCAAUACCGCCCAUCCUAUAAACCGAUUGCUGCCAUUACGCCGGAGAAACCUCCUUCCACUGGUCGUGUAAGUCGAAAGAACAUGGCUGAGAGCCAAAGUAGCAGCAGUUCAUGCAGUGACAGAGACAGCUUAGUCUCAAGCGAGAAGAACAUAGUGAACCGUGGCCAUAAGGCCCCCGAAGUGGAGAUGGCUUCAGUUGAUGAAGACGUUGAUUGCUGUCUGCUUUCGAAGACAGAGGGCCCACAGGUUAUGGACUCGUUGCCCGUAGAUACCAAGGAACAUGAUGUCGGCAAGCCACUGCAUGAGGAACAGAGAAAUAGCAAUGAAAUGAAGCAGCCUAAAACAAUUAAAAAUAUUAUGAUAGCUCUCAAGGAAGGAAAAAACAGAGAAAAUAGUUCUCCACUUAGAAGCCACCAUGCAAAGCCAAGCAGUGCUAGCAACCAGAGAAUGAUUAUCGAAGCAUCACCAAGAAUCGCAAAACAACCAAAUCUUGUUAAUUAUGGCCCUAAGGGUAGUACAGAAACACUGGCAAAGAUGAAUGCUGAUUCCAAUAAACGAGUACAGGGAACACCUUCCUUGAAGCAUCAGUUACCUGUUGCGGAAACCCCUCCGAAGACGAAGGCUAGACAUGAAGGUAUCCCUCCCUCUGGUCUUGUAAAGCCCAUUGCUGAAGAAGGAUUUUCAACGAGGACGAGACAGAAAACACCUCCUACCCUGUCUAGAAGGCCAUCAUUUCCUGUACGCACCCGGCCAGCAGCACGUGACGUUCCCAAUUGCCUAAAUGAUAACACGAAGAGUAGUCCUAAUGAUGUUCAAGAUCCUGAAAUCACAAAAGCAGUUCCUUAUGGCUGCGCUUCACAUAUUUCAAGGGAAAACAUGCAGCACUCGAGAAGAUCUUUAGCUGCAGGUUCUAGGAGAAUGCAAACGGAGAGCAGCAACUCGGCAUCUUCUUCAGUAUCUAUCCAAGGUUUCGAGCUCUCUGAUGAUGCAUCGACUCCGUUUAUUAGCUCACCAGAAGAGUUACUUCACAGCCCUGAGCAAGCUACCGUAUAUGAAAUUAUUGACUCUCAUUUUCCCCCAGAAAGGAUAGGAAAUUGCUUCAGGGAGCAUCAUGAGGCUAACUGCCAAACUAGAAUACAGCAUGCCGUUGAAGUUGAAAUAAACGAGUCCAGACCCAGCUGUUCCACCCGUUCCUCAUCACAAUCUGAAGGAGUAGAAAAUUUAUCGCCUGGAUGUCGUGGGAGUAACUAUGCAUCCACAGUAUGCUCUUCUGGAAAACUACAAGAACGGUCGGAUGAUAAACUUAUGAAUGUCAACAAUGCUAAUUGUGUUGAGAGAAGGAGCUCUACUACCAAUAUGGAGAUCUCGUUUUGCAUCGCUGAAGAUACACCUAUGGGUGGAGAAGAUGCUGCAACCAUCAGCAGGCCUGAUCCUGUGACCAAGUCGGACCUCACCUCACCAUCAAGCGUUGAUGACGAGUUCAUGAUCAAGAAACUCGUUUCUUCUGAGUGCACCUCUUCUGCUGUCCCUUCCAUUUCACCGAACCAGAAGAGUUUGUUGCCAGACACAGGAUUUCUGGAGCAAAAUGCAGCUAAUGAUAUGCCGGUUUUUACCAAUACCCCACCAGCUCCGAAUGAUGUGACACACGUGGUAUUUCACAGCAGCAUCCAAGCUGUGAUUGAGCAUCCUGUGGCACAAAACACGAAGCAAGAUUCGGAUGCUGGAAAAACAAUAGAUGUGGCUGGAGAUGAGGUUGGUUUAAAAGAUCCAGCUUCUUCAUCAGCUCCACAACCAUCCACAGCCUCUGAAACUCCGACUUCGAAAUCUACUUGCUCUCUGAAUGUAACUCCUACUUCAAAUCUCUUUGAAAACCCUGUCACCAAAGAAAUAGAUGUGACAACUACAACUGCUGACCCCGUGGUUGCAAAGUUGGAUCCUUCUGAAUCUGAAUCUGAACCAGCAAAAACGAACCCCCCUUCAGCUCGGGAAGAAGCACCACCGGUGAAGGAAACUUUAGAUGUUAAUUCCUUCAGGCAAAGAGCAGAGGCACUCGAAGGACUGCUAGAACUGUCUGCUGACUUGCUUCAGCAGAACCGGCUAGAAGAACUCACAGUCGUCCUGAAACCUUUCGGAAGGGAGAAGGUUUCUCCGAGGGAUACAGCAAUCUGGCUGGCUAAAAGUCUCAAAGGGAUGAUGCUGGAAGAGGGCGGACGCAAUCUGUAAAUGCCGGUAUAUCUAUUCUUUCUCUUCUUGCUCAUUAGUUGAGGUUUCCGUAUAUAGUUCGGUGCAUUUCUCGUGACAGCCUAAAACCUUUGCCAUUUUACUGUUCUAUUGGUUCUUUGUUUUAUAUUAUUGUCAAUGCAAUGCAAUGCAUAUUGUAUAUAAUGUUGCAACUCAAUAUUUUUUUCAUCUUAUCCUUGCAAAUGCUUUGUAAAAACAGGAAUUGAUCUGUGUGAGAUUCUUGGGAUAUGUUGAGCUCCAAUUUAUAGAA